ACAGGGUCUGUUCUGCUGACUUCCAGAAAAGGGGUGGGUGUUACCCGACCCGACCAGCAGAUUUCAGUGAAAGUGGGAGAGUAGAUAAGGGAAUAUAAAGAAUAUCGACUAAAAGAAAGAUUGCAACGAACUGUAGCCAACUGGAAAUGAGAUAAGGUUAAAAUAAAAGUUUGUGAUAUCGGAAAAUCAUCUUGGAUAAAGACAACAUUUGUUCGAACACAAAAGUUUAUGCCAAGACGCAAUGCACUGUAUUCAGUGACAGUUUACGACGGGAAUAGAGAUAGUAACGUGAAAGCAAUGGAGAAUGGGAAGAACCGCCUGCAGCAGGCCCAGAAGGAGGUGGAAGAGGUGAAGGUGAUCAUGCUAGAUAAUCUCAACAAGGCUGACGAGAGGUCAGGCAAGCUGGGAGAACUGGAGAACAGGGCCGAUGAACUUCUGGAGAAGAGUAAGGCUUUCUCAAAGUCUGCUGGAAAAGUUAAACAACAGAAGUGGUGGGAACACAUGAAAAUGAAAGUGUUGCUGACCGGUAUAGGGGUUGUCGUGGCAGCCAUCAUCAUUGGGAUUGUUGUAUGGUCAGCGUCUGGACCUGACGACCGCAGCUCAAACAACAGCCCCACUGCUGUAGAGCAGCCCACCUCAAGGCCUUAGGACCAUAGACUGUCUGUCAGAGCAAAGGACAUGGAGGAAAUUAAGAUGGAAGAUGGAGACAGGGGCAAGCGAGGCCUCCCCGGAAAUAAGGAGUCAAUCAGACAAGAAUAGUGGAUGUAGAUGAAUAUAUAGGUUUAUUAACCUGGUCCCAGAUCUGGGACCACAUUUUGCAUGACAUUGAGCAACAAGGAGUUGGUAUGAUGAUAGCACAAACAUGCUUUCCACCUGAGCUCAAUAUAGGUUUUGUGGGUUGACUUUUCUUAACUUUUUAAUCUGUGAUAUUGUUUAUUUUUAGAGGCAUUUUAGGCUCUGUGCUCAGUGUGUAGAUCAUUGAAUGAAAUGGUACCAUCACUAGCUCAACCCAAUUCAGUAUUAUCUUCAACUGGCCAUAGUUGGUCAGGCUCACUAGUUUCACAUUCAUACUCAGAAUUGUGGUAUUUUUUUUGUACCUUUAUUUAACUAGGCAAGUCAGUUAAUAACAAAUUCUUAUUUUCAAUGACAGCCUAGGAACAGUGGGUUAACUGCCUUGUUCAGGGGCAGAAUGACAGAUUUGUACCUUGUCAGCUCGGGGAUUUGAACUUGAAACCUUUCGGUUACUAGCCCAACACUCUAACCACUAGGCUACCCAGCCUUACCAUAGGAUUUGGUAUAUGUAAAUGUUUGGUCAAUUCAAAUAAAAAAUAUUGUGCCUUUGGUAUGUUAAAAAGCGAAAAUCACCAUUGGAUGAAUUGUGUAUCCAUUUUUUCAGUAUUCCAUGUAAGCUGUAAAAGGGACAUCACAAAAUUAUAAUUGUCAUGUCAUUUUAUGAGGAAGUCAUUUCAUGUCAUUCUUCCUUUUUUUCUGGUCAAAAGAAACAUAAGAAAAGGAACUUUUUAUUUGUAUACGAAAUACUUAUGUUUGAGGACAGUUUGUUUCUGUGGGCAAUGCAGUGUGAAUAUUUAUGUUACAUGUGUCAUUCAUUAGACUACAGGUAAGCAAUGUGUACAGUAUCAAAAACCGCUGCAGAGAAAUUGCAUCAUAUCUUCACUUAUCUUCUUAACAUAUGAGUUUGUCAUUUUGGUGUCCUCUCUAUUUGUAACCUCAUUCCCAUGCUCAAUUGUUAACCGGCUGGUGGAUGAGAUUACCCUAUUUGUUACUGACUUUCCUUUCCCAAUUGUUGUUUAACCUUGAGCUAUUACCAUCUCAAAUACAUGUAAAACUCUAGUGCACAAUUUGUAAAAUAAAAAAUAAAUUGAUAAGUUA